CCCGCCCGCGCUAGGAGCUGAGUGGCUGCGGGCAGGCCGGGGCGGGGUUCGGGGCUUGUUGUGACUGUGGGCUAGCGGCGGCGUGGCUGCGGUGCGGCAGUAUAACACUGGCGGUGCAUGGGCUCCGGAGCUGUGCGGUGAUGGCGGCUGUAGUGCGGAGGGCGCUGCUCGGCUCACCCUGGAGAGCGGCCUCGGCCACGUACAGCACAGCCAAGGAUGGCGGCUCUGCUCCUGAGACCCCCCAGCUGCCUCCCUCGCCGGGGACCCCAGCUCCAGCACAGCCCCACCUGCACCCCUCCAACCCCCCGGCCUCCGGCCGCCGCUUCUCGUCCUCCUUUACCGCCCCCAAGGUCGACAACAAGAGCUUCUUGUGGUCCCGGUACGGGGAGAUGAAGAAACUGGUGCAAGACUUGUUGCCUCCGGGGGUGUGCAACCUCCUGAAUUCUUCCACCAUCUAUGCCAACAAUGAGGUGUGUCUGGGAGACAUAGAAAUCUACGGCUUUGACUAUGACUAUACUCUGGCACAAUAUUCCAGUGCCCUCCACUCCAUGAUCUUCAACACUGCCAGGGAUUUCCUGGUGCAGCAAUACAAAUACCCAGCGGGAAUCCUGGACUACGAGUAUCUGCCAAACUUUGCAGUAAGAGGGCUGCACUACGACAUCAAUAAGGGCCUGUUAAUGAAGAUAGAUGCAUACCACUACAUUCAGAUGGGUACCGUAUACAGAGGCCUGAAACCAGUCCCAGAUGAUGAGGUGAUGGAACUGUACCAAGGCACAAACCAUAUCCCGCUGCAGCAGCUCAGCGGUUUCUACGGCAAGGGUCCCGCCUUCAAACAGUAUAUGGACAUAUUCUCUCUGCCAGAGAUGAACCUCUUGUCCAUUGCCAAUGACUUCUUCCUUAGCAACAACAUUGAGUAUGACCCUAUUCACCUCUACAAGGAUGUAACCGAUGCAAUCCGGGAUGUCCACAUCAAAGGCUUUAUGUACAAAUGGAUCCUGCAGGAUCUUGAAAAAUAUAUCCUUCAUGGAGAUGAGACGUACGCUGUACUACACCGCUUGGCCAGUCAGGGGAAGAAGCUUUUCCUCAUCACAAACAGUCCUUUUAGCUUUGUAGACAAAGGAAUGAAGUACAUGGUCGGCAAGGACUGGCGGGACUUUUUUGAUGUUGUGAUUGUCCAAGCAGACAAACCCCAUUUCUUCAAUGACUGCAUCAAGCCCUUCCGUCGGGUGGAUGGAAAUGGAGACCUGAAGUGGGACAAGAUUACGAAACUGGAGAAGGGCGAGGUCUACAAACAGGGUAACCUGUUUGACUUCCUACGACUGACAGGAUGGCGCGGUUCCAAAGUGCUGUAUUUUGGGGACCACCUGUACAGUGACCUAGCAGACCUGAUGCUUCGUCAUGGCUGGAGGACAGGAGCUAUUGUGCCCGAGCUGGAGACAGAAACGAAGAUUGUAAACACCGAGCAGUAUUCCCAGUCCCUGACUUGGCUGCAGGCUCUGACCGGACUUCUGGAACGCAUGCAGAAUUUCCGUGACCCGGAGUCUCAACAGAUUCUACAAGACUGGAUAAAGGAGCGGCACGAGCUCCGGGCUAUGACCAAGAACCUAUUCAACCCCCAGUUUGGCAGCAUCUUCCGCACCUGCCACAACCCCACCUACUUCUCCCGCCGACUCUGCCGUUUCUCCGAUCUGUACAUGGCCUCCGUCAGUUGCCUCCUAAACUAUGACUUAAGUUACACUUUCUUCCCCCGCCGCACCCCGUUACAGCACGAGGCACCCCUCUGGAUGGAUCAGCUCUGCACAGGAUGUAUGAAAACGCCUUUCCUGGAAGAAAUGGCCCACAUCCGCUAAACAUGCAGGACCACCUAAUAUAGACCGAAGACUUCAUUGUAUAGUCCAUCUUCCUUUUUUUUUUUUUUGUUAAAUUCCAACGCUGUUUGCACAGAGGAGAUUGUGCGCAGUGUUCCCAGGAAGAGCAGGCAAGGGGAUUUACAUGUUUGUAUAAACUGAGUAACUGUAAGAAUUUGUUCUUAAGACCUAUUCCUCCCUGUCUAAGGUUCUUUACAUGUUACUUUAAGAGUAAAAAUAGGAGUUUUGUUUACAGUGAAGAGAUUUAAUAUUAGAGUAGCUACGUCUUGACGCAACACACUGACAUUCGUUCUGUUGCGGCUCGUUAUUGUUCCCCUUGUGAUACACACAUCACUCGGGCUAAAGUCGCUCUGGAUUUAUAGAAAAACUUCUGGAAGUAAACUCGCUGGGUGCCUGAAGAAGGUGCACAUGUCUGUGCAAUGGUGUGAAAUAUUUGGGAAUUUUCCAUGUGUUGACCACCCGAACCAACGUCUGCUUUUGCUUGUAGCUUGGUGGGCUCCUAUUUUGGAGUUUGCAGAGCGGCAAAAUGAGAAAUAGUGAAUAGUCUGCAAGAAACUGAUCAAUGCUCGUUGUUGGUGAAACUGGGGAGCGGAAUAAUGACAUGGAUUGAGAAGGCUGUGCACAAUCCUUACGCCUGUGACGGGGGUUAGUGCAGGCGUUUGCCUUUUGUAGGUCCUAAUCUUCAGAUCAGGACAAGCGACAGUGGGAUGAGCACCUGCAGGCACGAAAAGAGCCGCGCCGAUUCAGUGACGUCUUCAAGGAUGAUUUCUAGAGUCGAGAAUUUACGCACAAUUUUUAUUUCUGAACCGAACAUGAGCAUUUGUCCUCGGGGGAGGCAGGUGCAUUUUUAAGGAAUUAUUGAAUGUGACUUUUGUAAAAAGGGUUUUCAGGGUAUUGCUCGGAAAUAUGAGCCACGCUUUAGCGUAAGUGUAAUAAGUAAACUUUUCCCGUGGACUAAUCUCCAGUAACGUAGUUCAAAGUCCUGGGUGAGUAAAUGACGGAGUAGGUGGAACCCUGUAUAGUGGAUACAUUCUAGACUAACUGCCAUAUUUUACUCUCAUUUUUAGGUUUUGUUUUUAUAUUCUGCUGGGAUAUAAUUCCCAUGAAUGUCUUUUCUUAGAUGUACGAGAGAUACCAUCAAAUGAGAACACUUGCUGCCCCGUGCGGUCUGUCUGAGCUUCUGAUUUUCAUAAGCCUAAGCAAACUGUACAGUGGGAAGCAACAAAUAAACUUAAUUGUAACGUG